AUGGAGCUUGGAAAGGAGGUAAAUGGAGAUGAGGUUAAAAGAGUUGUGAUUAGUUUGAAAGACUCUAAAGCCCCAGGGCCUGAUGGUUUCAGGGCUGGCUUUUACAAGCACUCGUGGGAGGUCAUUGGUGAGGAGCUAACACAUGCUGUCCAAUGGUUCUUUGCAAACUCCUUCAUGCCCCGUUUUAUUAAUGCAACCUUUAUUACUUUGGUUCCGAAGUCAGGGGAUGUCUCCACUUUUGCGGGGUUUCGGCCAAUUGCUUUAUGCAAUCUCCUAUACAAGAUUAUUACUAAAAUCCUCUCCAAUAGGAUCCAGCAUGUUAUUGGGAGUGUGGUCAGCCAUAAUCAGUCAGCUUUCAUCAAGGGCAGGUCUAUUGUUGACAAUAUACUUGUUUGCCAUGAUAUUGUGCGAGGUAUCGAACAAAAAGCUGCCAGCCCUACUGCAGUUUUGAAGGUGGAUCUUCACAAGGCCUAUGACUCUCUAAGUAGGAAAUUUUUGUUUGAUGUGAUGGGAAGAAUGGGAUUCUCAGAUAAGUUCAUAGGGUGGGUGAAGGCCUGUGUAACCACUCCUAUGUUCUCUGUCCUUAUAAAUGGUAGCCCGGCUGGUUUCUUCAAUGGAGGGAGAGGGAUUAGACAAGGGGAUCCAUUGUCCCCCUAUCUGUUCACCCUUGCUAUGGAGGCCUUCACUGGAAUUAUGCGAAGGCUUGAGAUUGAUGGUCAGAUUAAGCUGCUGCCCCGCUAUAAAUCAUUUCACCUUUCACACCUCAUUUUUGCAGAUGAUCUUAUGAUUUUUGUGAAGGGGAACCACGAUUCUAUUUUAGCUAGUUUGGGGGGUCUGGAUGAGUUUGCUGCCCUCUCCGGGCUUCAACUUAACAGAUCUAAGUCCUCUAUUAUUUUAGGGGGCCUUACCCAAACUAGUAGUCUGGAACUUUUGGAUUUAACGGGUUUUUCGGAAACCAAGCUGCCUAUUAGGUACCUUGGAGUUCCUCUUGUGUCCACAGAGUUAUCCAUGAAAGAUUGCAGCCCCAUCUUGGACUUGGUUCGUCGAAAGUUGGAAGGGUGGAAGGGUAGAUUCCUCUCUUAUGCUGGUCGUCUUCAACUCUUAGCUUCAGUUCUUCAAGGAAGUUACAUUUACUGGGCAGGGAUUUUCGGCCUUCCUGGUAAUGUUAUCACCAAGCUGGAGUCUAUGUUCUCUAACUUCCUUUGGUCAGGUCCCUCUCUUCAACGGAAGACCCACUUUAUUUCUUGGGAUGCGGAUCGGCUUUGGGUUAAGUGGGUUCAGCAAAGAUACCUAAAGCAAGAGUCUCUUUGGACAGUCAAGGGUCUCAACAACUGCUCCUGGGUCUGGCGUAAAGUUUUGAAGUAUAGGGACAAAGCCCUUCCCCUUAUCAAAACUAUCAUUGGGGAUGGGGCUGCUACAAAGCUUUGGCUUGAUAAUUGGCACCAGUUUGGAGUUCUCUUGAAUAGAUUUGGUAGCAAGAUAUGCUACGACGCAGGCUCCUACUCUCUUGCUGCCCGACAUGCGUGUGUCAAGGAGAUUGUGCAUGAUGGAGAUUGGUACCCUGGCCCCUCUACAUCUUUUGACCUCAUUGAUAUAUGGAGGGCCCUUCCAACCAUUGAAAAAUUUCACGAUGAGGUUCCGGAUUUGACAGUUUGGAUUGGCAACUCUUCGGGUAAUUUCACUUCCAAAUCAGCUUGGAAUGCUGUCCGCACAAGAACUGCCCAUACAGAUUGGAGUGAAGCUGUUUGGUUUGAAAGGGGGAUUAAUUCCCAUUGCUUUAUAGCUUGGAGAUGCCUUUCGGAUGCCCUCCCUACAAGGGACAACCUCAUUCAUAGACAUAUUCUGGCUCCUCAUCAUUGUGAGUUUUGCUGGGCUGGAACUGAAAGCAGAAAUCAUCUUUUCUUUGGGUGCCCCUUCUCUACUGACAUUUGGAAAAUUAUUUAUGAGCUUUGCUUUCAUGAUGGAACCAUGCCAAGCAAUGUCAUUGAUGCAGCCAUCUCGGUUAGAUAUGCCGCAGGUAGAGCAGGGAAGUUGGGGCUGGUCACCAAGCUUGCAUUAUCUUCCAUUUCUUUGGUGGGUGACCCUACUACUGCCAACCUUCAUAUUGCUGCCAAAUGGGGUCUUCAAGUUCAUUGGGCUGCUCGAAUUCCAAAGGCCUGCUCUUGGUUUGCCCCUAAUCCGAAUAUGGUUGCUCUCCAUUGUGAUGGGUAUCUUGCAGAUGACAAAGCAAGCUUUGGGGGCCUCAUUCGUGAUGGAUGUGGGGACCCCAUAGCUGCCUAUGCUGGUCAAGGGGAAGAUCUUUCGGUGCUGUCCAUGGAGUUUAAGGCUAUUUACAAAGGAAUUUCCCUUUGUAUCGAGAAGGGCUUGUAUGAUGUUUCUGUUAGGUCGGAUUCGAAGCUGGCCGUCGACAUUUUGAAUGGGCAGAUCACUGGGCCCUGCUUCACUCCAAUCUGUCGGGCAGUUCUUGUGCGGACAGCAUUCCAAGCUGAUUUGGAAGUGAAAUUACCCAAGAGUUGCCAAUCCAAACUGUCAAAUCCGAACCUCAUCGUGAAAUUUUUCAAUGGUUGGAAGGGCCCUCCAUAUAUCAAUGAGGUUAAAAGAUGUAGAGGGGCCAGGGUACCAAUCUCCAUCACGCACAAUCUCCUUGACACACGCAUGUCGGGCAGCAAGAGAGUAGGAGCCUGCGUCGUAGCAUAUCCUGCUACCAAAUCUAUUCAAGAGAACUCCAAAUGGGUGCCAAUUAUCAAGCCAAAGCUUUGUAGCAGCCCCAUCCCCAAUGAUAGUUUUGAUAAGGGGAAGGGCUUUGUCCCUAUACUUCAAAACUUUACGCCACUCCAGGAGCAGUUAUUGAGACCCUUGAUCUCCAAAGAGACUCUUGCUUUAAGUAUCUUUGCUGAACCCACUUAA